UACGUAUAUUUUGCACGUUUGAUUGCAUCAUUGAUAUAACAUGUCAUCUUUAAUACAAAUUGACGGAAGUUUGGGCGAAGGUGGUGGUCAAGUAUUAAGAAUAGCACUUUGUUUAAGUGCAUUAUAUAAAAUUCCAGUUAAGAUUAAUAAUAUACGAGCAGGUCGGCCUAAGCCAGGACUUGCUGCCCAACAUUUAAAAGGAGUGGAACUGUUAAAGAAUAUGUGUAAUGCAGAAGUUCAUGGAGCACAUAUAGGAUCAACAGAUUUGGAAUUUAAACCUUCUCAUUUACAUGCAGACAAAAAUCAUACAUUCUUUGUAGAUACAGGAACUGCUGGUUGCAUUUGUUUAUUAGCUCAAGUUGCUCUACCCUGUGCUCUUUUUUUUCCACAAAGAGAUGUGGUUACAUUGGUUCUUAGAGGCGGCACAAAUGUACCUAUGGGACCACAUAUAGAGUAUCUCACAGAAGUGUUGAGGCCAUUACUUAACAAGUUUGGAGCUGAUUUUGAUUUUAAAGUUAUAAAAAGGGGUUAUUAUCCAAAGGGAGGUGGAGAAGUACAUUUAUAUGUAAAACCUAUACAGACUUUGAAAGCUGUUACUUUAACUGAUCCUGGAAUUCCUCAUGAGAUAUUUGGAUGGGCAUACGUUGCAGGUGUUGUUCCCAUUAGAGAAGCACACAAAAUGGCAAAUGAUGUAAGAUCAAUUUUAACAGAAGGUUUGAACAAAAACAGCAUUUCAGUGCCAUCUAUAAAUAUUGAAGUUUACAAAGAAGAUAGAUCUGUAGCUAUUGGCAAUGGAUCUGGCAUCAAUGUUGUAUGCACUACCACCGGUGGAUGUAUUAUAGGAGGUUCAGGAUUGGGUUCUGGACGUCAUGAGCAAUUAACACCAGGUACACAGGCUGCUAAUGAAAUUUUGGAUACGAUUUUAGCAGGAUCUUGUGUUGAUGAACAUAUGCAAGAUCAGUUGAUAAUUUUGAUGACUUUGGCCAGAGGUAUGUCUAGAAUUAAUCUUGGAAGUAAAAAACUUACUUGCCAUACUCAAACAGCUAUAAAAGUGGUGGAGAUGAUAUUGAACGAUUUUAACGUUCAUUUUAAAUUAUGUGAAAAUAAAGAUGCUGGAGGCAAUACUUGUUACACUUUAGAAUGUGAAGGUUGUGGAUAUGAAAACAAAAUUAUAAGAUAA